AUGGCCCGGACCCCAGCAGGUCCAUCGAAUGCGAACAAAGAACUUGAGAAGAAGAUACGCAACCUUCAGUUUAGCAAUGACGAACUGAGGAAGCAGGCCUUCAUGGAGUUGCAGCGUGGGCAUCGUUUGGCGAGCAAAAUGGGCUUUGACAGCGUAGAAGAGGCCGAAGCAGCCAUCGCUGCGCAGCCGAAGGUCUACAAUCGCGACUUCCUGAAGGAUGUAUCUACACGCAUAGAGGAGCUAGAGAGUGAACUGGAGAAGUCUGUACAGCUCAACAAGCUUGCGCAAGUGGCGUUGAAAGACGCUCGGGAAGUAGCCGAGGCGGCGCAGAAGGAGAAUGAAGAAUUGAUACUUCGGCUCUCAAAUGCCGAAGCAGAGAAUAAUGCACUGAAGGAGAGACUUGAAGUGCAAGAGAUCAAUGCUGAAGAGAAAGCCAAGUCACCGUCACCGCCUGUGGUGACUGGGCUACAAACUCUUGUGACGUCUGGGAAGAGCAGUCGGACGCUUCAGGACAUCACCCCUCUUUCUAGUUGCUCAUACACUCGCCUUGAUGAGGACGCGCCAAGCCCGGAUGUAUUCAUGCCAACAGAUACUACUUUAACUCAUUUCAAACCCGAAGUGUCUCCCCUCGUGUGCCUCGAACUGCGGGAGCUGCAACGCAAGUACGACGCGCUCCGUGCGACGAAAGGGCGCAGCGACGAGAAGUACAAGACGGACUACAAGAAGUGGCGAGAGUUCAAGCAGUGGAUGUGCGACCUAGAGAAUGAAUCUCCCGCGCAUCUCACGGGCGACAAGAAGAAGGACGAGUGGAGACGCGUUCUGAGAAUUCGUCGUCAGUUCAAGAAGAUCGGGCCCCGUCUGAGUACGGACGUGGAAUCGAUGGACGAGAAUCACGUCAAAGACGAGCACGCGACGCCAUCCGUCGCGCAUUAUUGCAACGAGGCUAAGGCUACCGGUGAGGCUCUACCAAUGCAAGUCAAGGCCGGCCCCGCACCUCCGUCGCCGGUAACUACGUCCCGUAAGCGAACAUUCGAGGAGGCCACGUCUUCGGAGACCGAAGAUGAUUCUCAAGCACCCGAGCCUGUAUAUCACACCCAGCUAGGUCUGCAGUUGAUCUCCGCGAGGUCUCCACUUCGCAAGGUGCGGUCGUCACCUAGGCCAAGUCCAAAGCGUUCGCCCCGCCCCCGACGCGCGUCAGCUUCUGUGCCUGAGUCGAUUUCAGAAGAUGCGACACAUCGCCAGCGUACGUCUAAGACGUCCCAGCAUAGUGCUACCGGUACACCGAAGGCGAAUGGGAGCGGAGAUAAAGAAAAUGUUCCAGGAACAGGCUCUACGAAACGAUACCCGUCGGACUACUCGGCGUUCAAGGGUAGGGGCAGAUACGCCGCCAGCAAUGUUAGGGAGACAACUGUCAAUUCCGUCUAUCAGAUCAACCCCGCCCAGAAUGACGGGCGCGACUUCCCGUACGCCGAGGUUGUUCGCAACAAGAAACAGAGGAAGUGUCUUCACGGGGAGAACUGCAUGAAUUGUCGUGACUAUUAUGAGAAUAUUGGCCCAUCACCUCCUCGGCAAAAACCUCCAUUGUGGCGCUCCCCAGUGUCGACACCCUCCAAAGCAUCAUCUUCGCAUGCAACUCAACCCCUCGAUGCAGAUUUCGACGACGACUUGGACGAGGCGGCGCAGAAGAAGCGAGCUGCAAUUGUCAAGCAUCAGAAUGAGAUAUCGCGACACCGCCAUCAGUGGGAGGGCCCGAAGACGCCGCCCAAGUACUGGAUCAUUGGCUUCCCUGACACUCAGGAAGUGGCUGCGAUCAAUGAGCAAGCGCGGGAGAUGCACGAACAGAAACGCAGGAAGGUUGAGAUGGAGGCAAACAAUGGCGGGAAGUACAAGAAGCGUCGAUAG